GAGACUUGUCCGAGUAAUCGAGUGGUUUGGUUUUGUGGGUUUUUAGAAAGAGAGAGACUUUUAUAAAAGCUUCGAACAGGGUCUCUCUCUUAACGCUUCCUUUUCAUUGUUUCAUAUAUGGGUUUCCCUGUCACUCUGCAACCUUUGCUACGACUACUUUUUGAUCGUUAAAAUGAACGGCGGAGAUAUGUCUCAGUCCAAAGAUCCAGCUAUUAAGCUCUUCGGAGCCAAGAUUCCGAUAGCAGAAACCCAGAUUCCGGCCAAGUCCAAAGUCAAGGGCUUGAACAACUGCAGUGAAGUAAUAACUGUGGAAUCUGCUGACACCAGAGACCUAGAGAAGUCUUCUGCUUUAGGAGGUGUGAAAGAAGAAAACAAAACUCUGGUGCCAGGCAAUAAAACAUUACUAAAUGGUAAGUCCAAUGAAGAUCAGAUAGAGACGAAUAGUACAGAUCAAGAGAAGGAUUUUAAGAAGCCAGACAAGAUCCUCCCUUGUCCACGAUGUAAUAGUUUAGAAACUAAGUUCUGCUACUUCAAUAAUUAUAAUGUCAAUCAACCAAGGCAUUUCUGCAAGAAUUGCCAGAGAUAUUGGACAGCCGGUGGGGCAAUGAGAAAUGUUCCUAUUGGGGCCGGAAGGAGGAAGAAUAAGCACUUGGCUUCCCAAUAUCGUCAGAUACUAGUGUCUUCUGAUGGAGUACCGAUUACUAGAAUAGAUGCUGCAGACUUAUUGAAUCGUGAACUUUUGUUACCCUGUGAAAAUGCUGCCACCUUCAGAACUUCGGCUGGGAAUGGGAUGGUUCUGAAAUUUGGUCCUGAUGCUUCUCUAUGUGAAUCCAUGGAAACUGUGCUUAGUCUUGGAGACCCGAAGAGAGGUGUGGACAAGGGUUCCGUUAGUUGUGGAGGAAGUGGGGAGGAGCCAUCCUCAUGUGGAUCUUCUGUGACAGCUACGAGUAUCAGGGGAACUGGCAUGCUGGAAAAUGUUGUACUGAAGGAUCAAGUUCGUUUGUCAGAAGCUUGUAAUAAUACACCAAAUCCACUACAAUGUUACCCUGUACCUCCAUUGAUUUUCCCUUUGAGUUCUGGUCUAAACAAUGUGGCUCCCAUGGCAGUACCACCAUCCGCUGAACGUGCUGGCUUACCAACUAGUACUAAUCCGAAUCCAGUUCAGUGGUGCCCCACACCGAUCCUGGCAGUUCCUGGCUUUUGUCCACCAGGCGUUCCAUUACAAUUCAUGCCUGCUUCAUAUUGGGGUUGCACACCUAUGCAGCCUGCUGGAACAGGAAAUGUGCCGUUGACUGGCUCCAAUGGCUGCCUUUCUCUGUCAUCCUCUACUAGCACUAGAUGUUGUUCAGGCAAUGGCUCACCAACUUUGGGCAAGCAUUCCAGAGAUGCAAUUGUUUUGGAUGAAGAUAAAGCAGAUAAGUGUGUUUUGGUUCCGAAAACUCUGAGAGUUGAUGACCCGGAUGAAGCUUCAAGGAUUCCAAUAUGGGCUACAUUAGGCAUUAUAUUGAACCAAAAGGAUUCCUCAUCAAAAGGUGCUAUCCCAAAAACAUCUGAAAAUAGAUUAGAAGAGGGACAUGCAUCAGAAGCAACUCAUAUAUUAGAAGCAAACCCCGCUGCUCUUUCUCGCUCUCACACAUUCCUAGAAAGCACCUAAGGGUUCUCGGCCAAAAGUUUUGUUCAAAGUUUUGUUCAAAAGGUGCUAUCCCACGGAGACAAGGGGCCAAAAAGCUGCUGCUGCGCCUUAGUGAAUUUCCUAACUCCCUUUGUUUGUCAUCCCUUCUCCGGAGUAUGACACUUGUGGAAAGAAGAUCUUUAGGAACCAGAAGCUGCCU